AUGAAAAUGGAGCUAAAAGGAGAGGCUGAACUUCAGGAGGAGAGACCCUCAUCACCAAUGCGGGUCCUGCAGCAUUUUUCUGGGGGGGCAUUCAGAGUUGCAGGGGAAGCAUUGCACAAUAUGUAUUCUAAUGGGGGCUCAGGCAUGCCAAAUAUGGGGUCUCCUGGUGUGCAUAGACGUUCUCAGAGUGAGCUUGUUUGCAGAGGAGUUCAGCGUAAUAAUAGCCUUCAGAAAUUAAAAUCUCAUGUGCACAGGGCUUGGCGUUGGGGUGGCAAAUCCCGCGAAGAAGAUUCCCUGGCUAAUUUUAACCCUGAGGUCAUGGCAAACCAGAAACGACAGUGGUAUCGGCUUCAUCCUAAAAGUCCGGAUUGUGUACAUAAUAAGGAGCCACCAUCGCUCUUUGAACAUUUUGUGAUUGUGGGGCUGCAUCCAGAUGCCAAUUUGGAAGCCGUGGAGCAUUCAUUUGCAAGAAGGAAGAAGUGGGAAAAGAAUAAAGGAAGACCUGAAUUUAUAGAUUACAGAAAGCCUCAGGAACAAAGGGCACAAGAACCAACUUUGGAACCUCAGUUACUGUUCAAAUAUCCUCCUGCAAAGAAGCUGACAAUGCGAAUGAAAGAUUUAGCUCCCUUUUGCUUUCCUGAAGGUGUUAAGGCAUGGUUGUUGGAGAGGACUCCAUCUCUUAGUGAACUUAAUGAACUUGUCUAUGGACAGGAACAUUUAGGAAAAGACGAUCUUUCAUUUGUCUUUGCAGUCAAGGCAGCAGACAAUACAACACUUUAUGGAGUUUGCUUACAUGUGCCUGAAAUUGUUCAGAGGCCCCCUGGUAUCUUAGGCAUAUCAUCUUCUUUUUCUCAUCCCUCUGGGGUCAGCCGUUUUCUGGUUUCUGCACCUCGCUGUUACUGUCUUCUGACUAGAGUUCCCUUCUUUGAGUUACACUUUGAGAUGUUAAACAGUCUCAUUGCACAGGACCGCCUGAAUAGGAUAACUCAGUUUAUAAAUGAGAUGACUCUCACUGGCAGCGUUCCAUCAUCACCCCAACUAGGUGAUCAAAUGAGUUCAAAGGCUAACUCCCCGGAGAGGGAGUCAUUUAGUGACUGGAUGGAUUCUGCAAUUCCUGUUGAUGGUGCAGCUGUUAUUACUGCUGCAGCUGCUGGGAUUAUAUCUGAUGAUGAAGCCCUACAGUUAUCACCUAAAAUAUGUGAUUCUCACUGCCAGUCUCCUGUAAGUGUGACGGCCAGUGAGUCUCCACAUUUUUCUCAGGUCAGGGAUGUAGACAAGGAUGACAAGAAGAAUAUCCAAGUUCUUGAUAAUGCUGCUUUCAAGGCACCAGAAACUCUUCGUUCUAUACCAAGAAUGCAUGGAAAUUGCGAAAAUGGCCAAGUUUCUCCAAAAGUUAGAACACCUUCUAAUCAGAUUCUUGCCUUGGAGCGCCUUGGAAGUUCCGAAUCACUUUUCAGUCCAGUUAGAAGCAUGGCAUUAGAAGAUGAUGACGAGUUUUUCUCAAACAACGAAAGAGAUUAUGGGGAUGACUUGUUAAUGGAAUGGGCCAUGGAGAAUAAGAAUGAUUUGCUACAAAUAGUUUGUAGAUACCAUGCUCAACCUAUUCCACCUCGAGGAAGUGAAUUUGUCUUCCACCCUCUCGAACAUCUACAAGCUAUUCAGUACAUACGACAUUCAGUUGCUGCUCUAGGCAUCGGAGAUGAUUUUAAUUGUUCUGAACCAGCUCAGGACAACACGAAGCUGGCAGCAGCUGAGGAAGCUCUAUCAUUAUCAGUAUGGACAAUGGCGACUACUUGUCGAGUUCUGUCCCUUGAUAGUUUUAGUUAUUCUAGUGAUGUCAUUAAUUACAGGAGUCUUGUUGGAAAAGCAGGUGGUAAUAAUGUGCCCGAAUCUGAGUGGAAUUGCAACCUGCCUUUCAUUUUGGCAAUUUUUGACAUGAUGCAGGGUGUUCUAUCUGCCACAGUGCUUUCUCUCAUUCCCAUGAUUCGUCCUUUUCAGUGGCAGAGUUUAUUGCUCCCGAUUUUACCUGGGACAAUGAUCGAUUUUCUUGAUGCCCCAGUUCCAUAUAUUGUUGGCAUCCAACAUAGACCAGAUAACUUGAAUAUGAGAACUACUAAUCUUGUUCUUGUUAAUAUACUGAAGGACCAGGUUACAAUGUGUCCAUUACCAAAACUUCCACAGCAUAAAGAGCUUCUCUCUCAGUUGGCUCCAUUUCAUGCUAGACUUUCAAAUGAAAGAUCAAUUGCUAGAAAGCAUCCUGUACAUAGGUGCAACGAAGUCCAGGCCGAAGCUGCAACUAAGUUUUUGAACAUAAUGUGGCACUAUUUGGAGUCACUUUGUUCAGAUCUGAAAUCCCACACGAUAACUAGUGUACAAUCAAACAAAGAUAGGGUUUCUUUACUUCUUAAAGAUAGCUUCAUUGAUUCCUUUCCUGCUAGGGAUCAACCAUUCAUUAAGCUUUUUGUAGAUACACAGCUCUUCACUGUUUUAUCAGAUACUCGUUUGUCAAGCUUUGAGAGUGGCCAGUCAUAG